AUGGCGUCGAUCCUCACCUCGGGCAUGGCAAAACUGAACCCCUUCGCGGCCCGCACCCACGAGGACGACACAGAAGACGACGGCGAGGAGGUAAGCAACGGCACCCUUGCCGGCGGAGGCCACGGUGCUCGCGACACGGCCCUCAAGCACAACCUCCGCGUCAGCCAUGCCCUCAAGGCCUAUAUUGCCGAGCACGGCAUUCUGCCCGCGAGCGAUGUUGACCUCGAGACCGAAGAUGUCGUCGGGCCAGCUCUUCGCGACCUCAUCGUGCGACCGCACAUCAGGGUUCCCGCCGACGUCACCGACAGAUCCUACCCGCUGCCAGACUAUUUUGUCAGCUCGAGCCACAACACGUACCUCCUGGCACACCAGCUGUACGGAAACUCGUGUGCGACGGCGAGGCCAGAAAACACACCGAGGCCGGGAUGGAAGGCGGCUCCCAUCAUCCUUUCCCUCGAGAAUCACUGUGACGCCCAUGGUCAGCGUCGUCUCGUCGAGAUUAUGAAGGAGGUCCUCGGCGACCGCCUUUUGAGCGAGGCCAUCCGCGAAGAGGGCCACCGCGAGCAGGAAGGGUCCGGCGAACACGUCACCCUCGCCGAGCUGGGAUCCAAGAUUGCCGUCAUUGUCGAGUACCACUACCCCGACGAGAAGGAGGACUCGGACAGCAGCAGCAGCAGCAGCGAUGACGACGACGAGGCCGAAGACGAAAAGGCCGCACGCAAGGUCUGGCACGAGAAGAAGCACACGGCCGCCCCCUCCGCCGUCAUCAUUCCCGAGCUGUCGGCGCUCGGUGUCUACGCCCAGUCGGUCAAGCCGCCGAACAACUCGUGGUUCGACCCUGGCGGCCAGUUUGUCGGCCCCCACCACCACCUCAUCAACGUGUCCGAGUCGGGCCUCGGUGCCCAUCUGCCGGCGCAGAGCACCCACAUUGCCAAUCACAAUGCCCGCCAUCUCAUGCGCGUCUACCCCAAGGGCACGCGCAUCUCGUCGCGCAACCUCAAGCCCGUGCCCUUCUGGGCUGUCGGCGCCCAGAUCUGCGCCCUCAACUGGCAGACUUUUGGCGCCGCCAUGCAGAUCAACGAAGCCCUCUUCAGCGGCACCGAUGGCUAUGUCCUCAAACCGCCCGCCAUUCGAUCGGGAGGCGACGGACAGCUCACCGACAAGCGCCGCAAGAAGAAGCUGCGUCUUCACGUUGCCGGCGCCUCGGACGUGCCGCUCCCCGACGGUCGCGCUCCUGACGACAUCAAGCCCUACCUCACCUGCACCCUCGUGCACCCAGACGACCUGACGAGCAAGCCGCCCAAGCGCAAGACGGCCGGCUACAGGCAGCACAAGCUCGGCUUCCUGCACAAGGACGGCAAGAACCCGCCCGCCAACGACCCCGUCUGGGACGAGGUGCUCGAGUGGGAGUACGACGACAACCCUCUCGUCUUUCUGCGCAUGCUCAUCAAGAGCGACGACUCGUGGGCGUCGAACCCCAUCUUUGCCGUCGCCGCCGUGCGCCUGCUCUACGCCACGGGCGAGUGGAACUUCAUCCGCAUGCUCGACCUUAAGGGGCAGGAGACAAAGUGUGCGCUGCUCGUCAAGAUAGAGAUUGUCGACGCCAAGGAUGGGCUGGGCAAGUUUUUCGGCAAGGACUGA